UAAUCGAGCGCUCUCUCGCCAGCGCCGCGCACACGGACAGCACCUUGCCACCAAUACAGCCGCACGUCGACGUCAGCAGAGGUGGCAGCAGCGCUAGCAGCGGCGGCAGCAGCACAUUCAGCAGUUGAACAAUCUCCAAUUGACUCUUUGGGCAUUAUAGCCAAGAGCCGAGAUCCAGCGACAGCGACGACAAGUUUUCCGCGCACACGGAAAGUCAGCAAGUUAAUACACCGAAAAUAUAUAGUUUCAAAUCCGACUAAUCGCUUCAAACGGAAAUUCCAUGUGAGUGCGCGUGUGUGUCGCGAUAUUUGCGAAAAAUCCAAAAGUUUCUAAGCCAAACAAACAGCAAAAAGUCGCGCUUAAACUUUUUCGAAAUUAAAUAAAACACACACACGAAUUUCAGCCACGAAGAGGAAGAGAAGGCUGAAAAAGCGAAAAAACCUCGUGUGUGUGUGUGUGUGUUUGUGUGCGAGAGUAUCUGUGUGUGUGUGUACGUGUGCAUGUCUCUCGGAGAGCGUGAGCUUAAAGUGUGCCUGUGUGUGUGCUUGCGAGCUGGAAUGAGACGCCAUCAAAGCUGAGCAGCGAAUAAUAAAAUGCAAAAUAAAAAUAGUGAUUAAUAACAGCAGCCAGAACCAGCAGCAACAACAAAUGCUAGUGCGGAAAGCGCGUACAAAAUAGUGAAAAUACUCAAAAACAACAAAUUGGUUGGAAAACGCAAAUGCCAGGCGAAACGCCCCCGCACCGACCCGCCCCCUCAACAUUUGCGCCCUUCAGUGUUCAGCAGCAGCAACAGCAGCAACAACAGCAAAUACCAGCAACAUGAGCAGCAGCAACAUCAAAUGUUAGGCCAAAAUGCACAAACCGCCAGCAACAAAGGCAGCACCAAUCAAACGAAACAACAACAGCUCCACAUACCACAAAGAGUGGCAUAUUAGAAGCGGCCAAAAGCAGCCAGCCGAGAGCAUUGUGUAAGCCAAAGGCCCAGAGAGCCAGGCUAAAAGCCCCCAGACGCACAACAACAACAACAACUAAAACAGCACAAAGAGUGGCGAAAGGUGCACCCACCAGCAAAACAGCAACAACGGAGCAACCAACAACAGCAACAGCAACAGAGCAGCCACAGCAGCCACAUUUCAGUUCCAGCUCCAGCUCCAACUCCCAGGUUGCAGACUCCCCAAGCAAACAGACUCCAGCCCACGAUCCAGCUCCAGUUCCAGCGAUCCAGCGAUCCACUGUUUCAGCGAGCUCGAGUGCCAUAGAUCCUCACCAAGUGCCAAAAUCCGCAUCCUGAUCCCAAGAGCUCAAGGCACCCCGGCCCAAAACUGAGCUGAGAACGAACGAAACGAAGGAAGUUCCUUAGUGCCAUAGAAAGCAGUAAAUGAAACAACGACUAAGCGGAAGAUCGACCAUCCGGAAGCGGAGCUAAAUUCGAACGAAAGAAACCACAAAGUGCCUUCCAUCAAUCCGUUGAUAAGUGAUAUUUAUUAUGUUUAUACUUGCCAGCAGCCGAGGCAGCAACAGCAACAGCAAUAGCAACAACCACAGGGGAUCACGGCAUCGAUGAUCAGUCCACGACCAAGUCCUAGUGCAAUCCGGAAUCCAGUUCAAAUUAGUUCAGUAAGCCGUAUCUACCACGUAUAAUGUCCACAUCCACCGCCACAACGAGCGUUAUCACGUCCAACGAGCUCUCGCUGUCCGGCCACGCCCACGGUCACGCCCACGGUCACGGGCACGCCCACCAGCUGCACCAGCACACCCACAGCCGCCUAGGAGUUGGCGUUGGUGUGGGCAUCCUCAGCGACGCAUCCCUAUCGCCCAUCCAACAAGGCAGUGGCGGCGGCGGCAGCGGAGGAGGCAACACGAACAGUUCACCACUGGCGCCCAACGGAGUGCCACUUCUCACGACAAUGCACCGAUCACCGGACUCACCGCAGCCAGAAUUGGCCACCAUGACGAACGUCAAUGUGCUGGAUCUGCACACGGAUAACUCCAAGCUGUACGACAAGGAGGCCGUCUUUAUCUACGAGACGCCCAAGGUGGUGAUGCCGGCGGACGGAGGGGGUGGCAACAAUUCCGAUGAAGGUCAUGCCAUCGAUGCGCGGAUUGCGGCCCAAAUGGGCAACCAAGCCCAACAGCAGCAGCAGCAGCAACAGCAGACGGAGCACCAGCCGCUGGCCAAGAUCGAGUUCGAUGAGAACCAGAUAAUCCGGGUCGUGGGACCAAAUGGCGAGCAGCAGCAAAUCAUCUCGCGGGAGAUCAUCAACGGGGAGCAUCAUAUCCUGUCGCGAAACGAGGCUGGUGAGCACAUUCUCACCCGGAUCGUCAGUGAUCCCUCCAAGCUGAUGCCCAAUGACAAUGCGGUGGCCACGGCCAUGUACAACCAGGCCCAGAAGAUGAACAAUGAUCACGGACAGGCGGUGUACCAGACGUCACCAUUGCCGCUGGACGCCUCCGUUUUGCAUUAUAGUAGCGGCAAUGAUGCGAAUGUGAUCAAGACGGAGGCCGAUAUCUACGAGGAUCACAAGAAGCAUGCGGCUGCAGCAGCAGCUGCUGCCGGCGGAGGAUCCAUCAUCUACACCACCUCCGAUCCGAACGGAGUGAAUGUGAAACAACUGCCCCAUCUGACGGUGCCACAAAAACUAGAUCCCGACCUCUAUCAAGCCGAUAAGCAUAUAGACUUGAUCUACAACGAUGGCAGCAAGACGGUGAUUUACUCCACCACGGAUCAGAAGGGUUUGGAAAUUUACUCGGGCGGCGACAUCGGCAGUCUGGUGUCCGACGGCCAAGUGGUGGUCCAGGCCGGACUUCCGUAUGCCACCACCACCGGAGCCGGCGGCCAGCCCGUCUACAUCGUGGCCGACGGUGCCUUGCCAGCGGGAGUCGAGGAGCAUCUGCAGAGCAGUGGAAAGCUCAAUGGCCAGACCACACCUAUCGAUGUCUCUGGCCUAUCGCAAAAUGAGAUUCAAGGCUUUCUGCUCGGCUCACACCCCUCGUCAUCAGCGACGGUCAGCACAACCGGCGUUGUCUCCACGACAACGAUCUCGCAUCACCAGCAGCAGCAGCAGCAACAGCAGCAACAGCAGCAGCAGCAACACCAGCAGCAACAUCCCGGCGACAUUGUUAGUGCCGCUGGCGUGGGGAGCACGGGCUCCAUUGUCUCCUCUGCGGCGCAGCAGCAGCAGCAACUAAUUAGCAUCAAACGAGAGCCCGAAGACUUGCGCAAGGAUCCCAAGAACGGCAACAUUGCCGGUGCUGCAACCGCAAAUGGACCGGGUUCGGUCAUAACGCAGAAGAUCUUGCACGUGGAUGCACCAACGGCAAGUGAAGCUGAUAGGCCCAGCACACCCAGCAGCACCACCAGCAUCAGCACUACUAGCACUGAAAACACUGAAUCGGAGCCACAUUCAGGAUCAGGAUCAGGAUCAGAAUCAGGAUCGCCGGGAGCCAGGACCACAGCCACACUAGAGAUGUAUGCAACCACGGGCGGCACACAGAUCUACCUACAGACCUCACAUCCCAGCACGGCGAGCGGAGCGGGCGGCGGCGCCGGACCGGCUGGAGCCGCCGGUGGCGGCGGGGUGUCCAUGCAGGCGCAGAGUCCCAGUCCGGGUCCCUAUAUCACGGCCAAUGACUAUGGCAUGUACACGGCCAGUCGCCUGCCACCCGGUCCCCCGCCCACCAGCACCACCACGUUCAUAGCGGAGCCCUCCUACUACCGGGAAUACUUUGCGCCGGACGGCCAGGGUGGCUAUGUACCGGCCAGCACGAGGUCCUUGUACGGCGACGUGGAUGUAUCCGUAUCUCAGCCCGGCGGCGUGGUCACCUACGAGGGCCGCUUCGCCGGCAGCGUUCCCCCGCCCGCCACAACCACCGUGCUCACCAGCGUGCACCACCACCAGCAGCAGCAGCAUCAGCAGCAACAGCAGCAGCAGCAACAGCAGCAGCAGCAGCAACACCACCAGCAGCAACAGCACCAUUCGCAGGAUGGCAAGAGCAACGGCGGAGCAACGCCCCUCUACGCUAAAGCCAUCACGGCGGCGGGUCUAACGGUGGAUCUGCCAAGUCCGGACUCGGGCAUUGGUACGGAUGCCAUCACACCGCGGGAUCAGACCAAUAUCCAACAGUCCUUCGAUUACACGGAAUUGUGCCAGCCCGGCACGCUGAUCGAUGCCAAUGGCAGCAUACCCGUCAGCGUGAACAGCAUCCAGCAGAGGACGGUGGUCCAUGGCAGCCAGAACAGCCCCACCACAUCGCUGGUGGACACCAGCACCAAUGGAUCCACGCGAUCGCGGCCCUGGCACGACUUUGGACGUCAGAAUGAUGCCGACAAAAUACAAAUACCAAAAAUCUUCACAAACGUGGGCUUCCGAUACCACCUGGAGAGCCCCAUCAGCUCAUCGCAGAGGCGCGAGGACGAUCGCAUCACCUACAUCAACAAGGGUCAGUUCUACGGAAUAACGCUGGAGUAUGUGCACGAUGCGGAAAAGCCCAUCAAGAACACCACCGUCAAGAGUGUGAUUAUGCUAAUGUUCCGCGAGGAGAAGAGUCCCGAGGAUGAGAUCAAGGCCUGGCAAUUCUGGCACAGUCGUCAGCAUUCCGUGAAGCAGAGAAUCUUGGAUGCAGAUACGAAGAACUCGGUUGGCCUCGUUGGCUGCAUCGAGGAAGUGUCGCACAAUGCCAUCGCCGUCUACUGGAAUCCGCUGGAGAGCUCCGCCAAGAUCAACAUUGCGGUUCAGUGCUUGAGCACGGAUUUCAGCAGUCAAAAGGGAGUUAAGGGCCUGCCGCUGCACGUACAAAUCGACACAUUCGAGGACCCCAGAGAUACGGCGGUCUUCCACCGCGGCUACUGUCAGAUAAAGGUCUUCUGCGAUAAGGGCGCCGAACGAAAGACGCGCGAUGAGGAGCGGCGGGCCGCCAAGCGAAAGAUGACAGCCACGGGCAGAAAGAAGCUGGACGAGCUUUACCAUCCGGUGACGGAUCGGUCCGAGUUCUAUGGCAUGCAGGACUUCGCCAAGCCGCCGGUGCUGUUCUCGCCCGCCGAGGACAUGGAGAAGGUAGGUCAGCUGGGCAUUGGCGCUGCCUCCGGCAUGACAUUCAACCCCCUGAGCAACGGCAACUCCAACUCCAACUCGCACUCGUCCUUGCAGAGCUUCUACGGCCAUGAGACUGACUCGCCGGACCUGAAGGGGGCCUCACCGUUCCUGCUCCACGGCCAGAAGGUGGCCACGCCGACGCUCAAGUUCCACAACCACUUUCCGCCCGACAUGCAGACCGAUAAGAAGGACCACAUACUGGACCAGAACAUGCUGACCAGCACACCACUGACCGACUUUGGUCCGCCGAUGAAGCGCGGCAGGAUGACGCCGCCGACCUCGGAGCGCGUGAUGUUGUACGUGCGGCAGGAGAACGAGGAGGUGUACACGCCGCUGCACGUGGUGCCGCCAACCACGAUCGGCCUGCUGAAUGCGAUUGAAAACAAAUACAAAAUCUCAACAACGAGCAUAAAUAACAUUUAUCGCACAAACAAGAAGGGGAUUACUGCGAAAAUUGACGAUGACAUGAUAUCGUUCUACUGCAACGAGGACAUCUUCCUGCUGGAGGUGCAACAGAUCGAGGACGACCUGUACGAUGUGACGCUCACGGAGCUGCCCAAUCAGUAGCGCUGGCAGUACGGUACGGGUAGCUCCCGAUAACCACACUCAAACACACACAAAUUACGGACACAAGAAGUUGUUUCAAUAAGCCAUUUUCCAUAGAGCCUAAGUCUAAUAUCGUAGUUGUAUCGUAAUGGGACCCGCAACAAAUCGAGUUGCUACGGAAGUUAAGAACGCUAACAGAAUACACAUGUAAAAUGAUAUAUAUACUUAAAUUCGAUUUAGUUAUUUAGCAACAAUGAGAUUAUCUAAAAUUGUUUGAUCAAAUUUUACAUUCUCGCUAUGUCUAUAGAUAAUUGUAAGCCCAUAAUCGUAAUCGUAACCCUAAUCGUAAUCGUACCGUGUAUUUAUGCUCAUAUAUCCCCCAUAUAUAUGUGCGGAGUGCAACAGUGUCUGUCCAGUAGGAGAUAAGUCUCGUUUCCACUCCCCUGCUUAUGCUAAGACCUUAGGUCCAGGGCAAGUAAGAGUUACAGAAUCUAUCUUUUAGGUGUAUCUAACGGACGCAUUAGCUCUACACGAACUCUAGACGUAGCCUAUUGUAAUCAUUUUGUAUGUUCGGCUUAAGCGUUUUACUUGUUGAAUAUAAAUUGUAAAAUUAUUUUUGAAAAACGCACACAAAACACAAAUCGUUUGUUCUAUAUUUCUGUUUCAAAACUAACUCGUUACCCUGUCCCCGCACAACCCCCUCUGUUAUGUAUAAUUAGGAUCUCUGUACACAAAAAACAACAUAUAGAUGAAAACUUUGACGAUCAAAAAAUUGGUAAAACUCUCGCGAAGUAAUUAUCCCUAAAGCUAGAUAUACACCUAGAGAUAAGAACACUCUGCAAUAAAACAUGUUGAUAAAAAUCGUACUUAAGUCCAAGCUAAGGCAAAAACAAAA